AUGCGUUCAAAACAGCGUAAACCUCAGGAAUACAGCAAUAGUAUGAAUAGCGAGUCAUCGUCAACAAUGGACUUAGCAAAUUUGAGUUCCGAAUUGAUCAAAAUAUCAAUUGCUAACCAAAAAAUAAUGGAAUUUAGUGAAUGCCUGAAUGAGAUCAUUCAGAUUAAUUUGGAAGCUGAAGCAACACAAAAUUUUAUUGAAGACUGCGAAAAAGUGAACAUCGAACUGGAGAAUGAACGUAAAUCACAUGCCGAAGAACUUCGACAAAUUAAUCAGGAUAUAAAUCAUUUGGAAGAUACAUUAAAAGGUGUGAAGAGUAGUAAAGAUUCUAAAAAGGCACUUAUUGCACAAAAAUAUGAGGAAGUGGAACGAGAGUUGGAAAAAACCAAUGAAAUUUUACGUGAAACUGGUGUAGCUGAAGAGGAUUUGUUAACACCAGAAAAAUGUUUGCCACCGUUUAGCGAUCAGGGUUGCAGUAAAGAUACACCAAUGGCAAAUAAUACUGCAGCAAUUUUGCUUAAUCAACUAACACCGUUACCAUUUCUGAACUUUUUGCAACGUCAACGAGCCAAUUUAUUUAGUUCUGCAGAAGAUAAUGCCAGUAUAUUAUUUGCGGAUAAAAAUCAAACUACAAACUGUGACCAAACAAAGAUGAAGGUAUGCCAGACGUGUCAGCAAUUGAUACAUCGUAAUGCGCCAAUUUGCCCGUUGUGUAAAACAAAAAGUCGAUCAAAAAAUCCAAAAAAGCCACGACGCCGAGACGAAAUGUUUUGA